AAAUAAGAGCUAAGCCUUCUUGCCCACAACAUUAAAUUGAACUUUGGAACUGUCUGGUAGUACCACGUGUUUCUACCAUCAGACAGGCAUAGAUUGACACACAAUCAGCCUUAAGUAGGUAGGGACAACUCAUACAAGCUGAUGAUCGUGUCCUAUUUUGCUUCGUGUGUUGUUGCUUUAUUCGCUGGGUACUGCCAAGUUAGUACUAGGAAGAGGAGAUCGAUGAUGUUGAGGAUUGCAAAAACUAAAGUCUGUCUCAGAAACUUAACAGCUCCAAUAUUGGGGGAAGGUAUAAAAACUCAGAGAAGUUAUUCAUCUGGGGUUAAGCAGAUGAUGGUGAGAGAAGCACUAAAUUCUGCACUUGAUGAGGAAAUGGCAGCUGAUCCUAGAGUAUUUUUAAUGGGGGAAGAGAUUGGGGAAUAUCAAGGUGCUUACAAGGUCUCUAAAGGACUCUUGCAAAAGUAUGGCCCUGACAGGGUUGUUGAUACCCCAAUUACUGAGGCUGGAUUUACUGGACUCGCAACCGGAGCAGCAUAUUAUGGUCUUAGGCCUGUAUUAGAGUUCAUGACCUUUAACUUUUCCAUGCAGGCAAUGGACCAUCUGGUUAACUCUGCCGCCAAAACAUUCUACAUGUCUAGUGGGAAUAUUAGUGUCCCAAUUGUUUUCCGAGGACCGAAUGGUGCUGCUCUAGGUGUUGGUGCUCAGCACUCUCAGUGUUAUGCGCAAUGGUAUGGGGCGGUCCCUGGCUUGAAAGUUGUGGCACCAUAUUCAUCUGAAGAUGCGAGAGGGCUUUUAAAAGCAGCAAUCAGAGAUCCCGAUCCAGUUGUUUUUCUUGAGAAUGAGUUAUUGUAUGGCCAAUCUUUUCCUGUGUCGGAUGAAGUUCUUGAUCCUAGCUUUACCCUUCCCAUAGGUAAAGCAAAGAUUGAGAAAGAGGGUAGAGAUGUGACAAUUACAGCAUUCUCAAGGAUGGUUGACUAUGCUCUCAAGGCUGCAGAGACGCUUGAGAAGGAGGAUAUAAAUGCUGAGGUCAUUAAUAUUAGGUCAAUUAGGCCAUUAGACAGAUCUGCGAUCAAUGCUUCGGUGAGAAAAACUAACAGGCUGGUUACUGUUGAAGAAGGAUUUCCUCAACAUGGUGUCGGUGCUGAAAUCUGUGCAUCAGUUGUCGAGGAAAUAUUCGAGUACCUUGAUGCCCCAAUUGAAAGGAUUACUGGCGCAGAUGUUCCACUGCCUUAUGCUACCAAUCUUGAAAGAAUGGCUCUUCCACAGAUUGAAGACAUUGUUCGAGCAGCCAAGAGGGUGUGUUACAGAUCUAUCCCCAUCGCAGCUGCUGUUUGAGCUUGUAACCUAGGCAUGCGGCUUGCACUUGUACAUUUUGAUGCUGUUAACUUUUAGUUUUAUAAAAUAAAAGUGGAGAUGUUCCCAGUUAUCAAUUUGUGCUUUAAUUGGUUGAGAAGAAUUUUUUUCAUCGGAAUUCCUAAAAUAACUACUCAGGUUUCACGGCCAAACAUCUAUGCUAAAUUAAUAUUUAUUGUUUUGAAAUAUAAAGCAGAGAAAAAAAAAAUGGAGAGAGAUUUGAGUGAUUCUUA